AUGAAAUGUCUCCCUGCCAACAAACUACCCGUCGCACACGGUAACAUCCUCCACGACUGGCACGCCGAGGUCAUCGCCAUUCGAGCCUUCAACCGUUACCUCUUGGACGAAUGUACUCUCAUAUCAACGCCACCUUAUCCAACGUCCGGCCUUCUUCGAAAAGUAUCACCUGACGAACAAACCAGAGACCUACAGCAGCCUUUCACAAUCCGAGAAGAUGUAUCCCUUCAUAUGUACUGCUCUGAAGCACCCUGUGGAGACGCAAGCAUGGAGCUUACUAUGGCUGCGCAAGAAGAUGCAACGCCGUGGACCAGUACGCCGCCAACUCUUUCCUCCACACCACAUUCCGGUGAUGAAGGAGAGGCUUCAGCACUCCGAGGGCGAUCCAACUUCUCUCUUUUGGGCGUCGUUCGCGCGAAGCCUUCGCGACCAGACGCGCCGCCUACGCUGAGCAAAUCCUGCACAGACAAGCUUGCAGUGAAACAAGCCACCUCCUUGCUCUCAUCAACAUCAUCUCUAUUCGUUAGUCCCCAGAACGCUUACCUGGAAACCUUGGUGCUGCCAGACUCCCAGUAUAUACCACAAGCAUGUGAACGCGCCUUCUCUUCGUCCGGUCGCCUCAGGUGUCUUGACUCGAAUGAGUGGAAAGGCGGCUACCGCUUCCAGCCCUUCACCAUCCUUCCCACAGAUCGAGAGUUCACUUGGUCACGCCGCGCACUAUCCGCUACCGAAAAAGCGGUGCCUAGUAACAUAUCUGCGGUGUGGACACCGACUUGGCAGGAGACUCUGAUUGGCGGCGUAAUGCAGGGCCGGAAGCAAUUAGACCCUCGAGGAGCAAGUAAGAUAUGCCGAAGGGGAUUGUGGCUAGAAGGCCUGCGCUUGGCGGGAGUACUAUGUGGAACAGUGGUGACGAGUGGGGCACUGCGCAAGAGGAAGUAUGCGGAGAUGAAAGGAUCUGAAGAGCUCAUCGAGAGGACCAGGGCUAAAGAAGACAUACGCAAAGCCUUGAAGGGAUGGGUAAGAAACACUGGUGACGACGACUUCUCCAUCGAACCCUCACUAUCAACACCCUAG